UGUGCGCUGGUGCAUGUUUUUGCGUUACAGGACGCCCAGUUUGCCCCUCUGAGCCACUUCACGAGAGAAUGCAACUACAGAGGCCGUGUAACGUGAUGGACGAACCCUGUUGACAAUCCAGGAUAACUUCUACUGCGCUGCCAUCAUAGACAAAAAAGACUACAAGUUUUCGCCAAGCGGCAGCUACUUUGCUCCUAAAGAAGGCGACUACGCAUCGAGUACGGACGCAGCCUUCCGCUCAUUGCGCAUUCUGAGGUAUUUGGAAUGCACGCCAAAUGCAGACAUCAGUAAGAACCAACAGGAAACCCAACAGUUGUUCAACAGCAUUCUUUUGACGCAGUCUCGGGCUUCCGCCAAAGGUGGAAAAUCCAACGACGAGAUACUCUUUGGGGUGGCUGAGGAUAUUUUACACAAGAACUUUGACACGGAAGCGGCACUGCGGAAAUACCCCACCACCUAUACGCAGAGUAUGAACACGGUAUUGGUGCAGGAAAUGGUCAGGUUUAACAGGCUNGACGAGAUACUCUUUGGGGUGGCUGAGGAUAUUUUACACAAGAACUUUGACACGGAAGCGGCACUGCGGAAAUACCCCACCACCUAUACGCAGAGUAUGAACACGGUAUUGGUGCAGGAAAUGGUCAGGUUUAACAGGCUAACGAGAAGUCGUGCGAUCUUCGCUUAUGAACAUACAGAAAGCUGUUAAGGUGAGUGAACCUUCAGAUAAAUUCAAUAGCUAUUUUUAUAGAGUUCUUGUUUGAAGUUUUGGCUAAACGUGAAGUAGAAUCUUUAUUCCUUAACAGUCUCUAAGGCAGACCGUGGCGAUUGCGACGGGAAGUGUCUGCGCGUCUUAUAGAAAGUCAGAGAAAAUGACUGAAGAUGACUUACUCUAGGUGUCCAAUGCAUAGAGGGUCAAAUAGGACAGAGACUAACUCUUGAUGUCUGUUUAAAGAGAGUUGAUUGUAUUACUGGACCCUCUCGAACUUGUCGCUCACUGAAAGCAGUAAAUACAGUUUCCCCUAAGGUGGAAAUAGUACGUCAGGCAAACUCCGUUUUUUCAAAUCAAGUUGCGUUCAUGUGUGUGCGAUAUUGGAUGAUAUGUUGCCUAUUACUCGUGUGUCUAGGAAAUCUACCCGAGACAUGUUACCGUUUCCUCUUACCCCUCCCUGCCGGGUAUAUAUUUUGCUCCUUUUUCUAUGGGGUAGGCGCACUUACAGGAAGUAGUUUUCGCUACGUGUUUAGGAAUGGGACUCACUAAGACGGUUUACCCGACCUUUUAUAUGAUCCCAGGGCCUGGUUGGUAUGCCCUCUGAACUAGAGGAGGUGGCGGGCGGCAUCCUUAAAGGCAAAAUCCCUGGUCUGUAG